AUGGUGAAGGAAGGAACUGAGGAUUGGCGCCGAAAACAGCAGGAUAUUGAGAUGAAUAAUAGAAAGGUACAAGUGCAUUGCGGUGAUGGAACAUUUGAGCAUACAGAAUGGAAGAAUCUGAGAGUAGGAGACUUAGUGAAGGUGGAGAAGGACGAGUUUUCCCGGCGGAUCUUCUUUUGCUUUCAUCAAAGUUACGAGGAUUCAAUCUGCUAUGUCGAGACGAUGAACCUUGAUGGGGAGACAAAUUUGAAAUUGAAACAAGCGUUGGAG